UGUGUGUGUUGAAACUGAGGAAUUUCCCAAUCCCUGUGUAUAAAAACGCCUGAUUUCUGACGCUGUGACUUUCACAGAAGAAAACAGAAACGACGAUGAAACUCUCCAUCCUUCUGAUUUGUGCAGUGCUGUGUGUCCUGCAGACUGCAACCGCUCAAGUAAAGUUUGGGCAGCUCUGCAGUGGAAACUCAGCAAACACAAAGCGAGGCUGCGAUCGAAAUAACUACGGCUGCGGACACUAUGGAGCCUCCCGUAAUGGCGGGAAGAGCAAACAUGAGGGUCUGGACAUUGUGUGUGCUGAUGGUGCGACGGUUUACGCUCCAUUCGACGUGACGUUAAAGAGGAAAGCCGUACCCUAUAAAGAAAACAACGCCAUCAACAAUGGCAUCGAGCUCUCUGGGGGAGGCCUGUGCUUUAAGCUGUUCUACGUGAAGCCUGAUAAAUACAGCGGCUCACUUAAGAAAGGUCAGAAGCUCGGCACGAUGCUGCGCAUGCAGGACGUUUAUCCAGGAAUAACAUCACACCUCCACGUGCAGAUGUGCGACAAGUCGAACCCCACCACGUACUUCUGAUCAUACACACACACACACACACACACAGCAGUGACUCGAGUUCACCUUUGUGCAUCACCUUCAGAGAUCCUGCUUUCUGUCUGAAUAUUAAAUACAAAUAAAGCUUUUGGAAAAAGA